UCUUCUCUGUACAUUUCUUUAUUCAAUCAGAGAUUUUCUCCGCUGUCUUCUGCUGAUCACGACAGACAUGGCUGAUGCUGUGACUUAUGCCGACCUGAAAUUUAAUGAGAUUCCAAUGAAGGAGAUCAAAACAGCGGAUGAUUUCCAGGAGAAUGUUGUGGAUGAUGGGGAUGUCACCUACGAGAAUUUUACUGGUACAAAACCAUCAAGGGUGAGAACAGAAUUACCAACAUUCCGUACUGGACCAGAGCGCCCACUGAGGACAGGAUUCUGGUCCAGAGCCCCGCUCCUGAUGCUGGUCCCCUUACUGGCAUCUGUCAUGUUACUGGCCUCCACUAUUGGACUGUCAGUGAAGUACAUCGACUUGUCUCAUCAAUUCCAUCAUCUGUCUGUGAGUCACAUGGAGGUGAUCAGCAAUGGAACCCAGAGCCUAAAAAGAUGGCAGAUGGAGAAGGAAAGGCUGGGGUGGAACAUGAAAGACCUUAAUACAUCACUACUGGAGAGGAAGGAAGCAGCAGAGGAAAGUUUGAAGAAAGCAAUGUCUCUGAUAGAGAAUCUUAAUACAUCACUACUGGAGAGUCUUCAGAAGGUCAAGAAGUCUACAGAUGAGAAGGAAACAGUGGAGGAACAUCUGAAGAAGGCAAAGUUUCAGAUAGAAGAGCUUAAUAAAGGUUUUUGCCCCAAAAAUUGGAUAUUAUUUGGAAAAACAUGUUUACUCUUUUCUGAAAAGGCUGAAACGUGGUGGAAAAGUAAAACAUUUUGUGAAAACAAAGAGUCUCAUAUGAUAGUCGUACAAAAAGAGGAUGAUGCUGCUGCACUGAAGGAUUUUUUUGCUGAAAAACAAGAAGAUUUCUGGGUCGGCAAAGAAUUAAAAGGGAAUUAUUGGAAUCAAGAAUGGAAAUGGCCGGAAUACUAUGAUUACAAAUCUUACAAUUGCUGGAAACUAAGUAAUAGAAAAUUAACGACUGAGAGCUGUCAAUCCAAGAAUAAAUGCAUCUGUCAAAAGAAUCUGCUACUAACGUCUAUGAAGACUCACGAAAAGUACAAUGAUAAAUAUUUCAGCUUUUCUUUGUGGGACCUGGAGUAUGAAUGUAGACACCCAUGAUUCUGGUAGAUAUGUCGCACAGCAGGAUGCCGCCGCGUCACCUCUCCGAUUCACAAAAUAUCAGCAUCGAAGAAAAAUCCACAAAAAAUUCACCAAAUAUCGCCAGGAAUCUACAAUCAGUGACAAAACCUCGAAGGAUAAGGAAGGGAGCAGGACACGUCCUCCAGACUGAGAGACUCCAAAGCAUUCAAUAAUCCAGAAUAUAUAGGGAAAGACUAACCAUAACCGUGAUACAUGGAACCGGCCAUCAUCCUGAAUAGUGACAUUCAAAUACAUGUAACAUGUGGAAAUCUAUCGUCAUGGUGACACUCCGUGCCAUCCACCAUUCUGCCCUCUGUGGUGGGCACGGGCACCAGAUCACUGACCUAGUUUCUGCCCGUCCACCGACUCCUAUGUCCCAUGCUGUAGACCACAGUCUGGCUAAAAAGUCUCCUCCUGUGUGUGUAUGAGAGAGACUUUUCCCUGCAGGAGUUAAUUCCCUUUCUGACCCUGUGCUCAGCUGCCUGACUAAUGAGCUCAUAUAUAGCCGUGCUGCUGACCUCGCUUCCUUGCCUGUGCAAUGUUCUCUCUACAUAUAUUUCUAGGUGUUGUCAGCUUGCUAAAUUUGUAAUAGAGCUAUAAUGUUUGUCUGCCUGUGUACCUGACCUCUGCCUGAUUCCUGGAUUCUGACCUGCAGCUGCCUGACCUGACCCAUACCUGUUCACCGUACUGAUCCUGUGCCUCCUGUCCUGACCUUUUGGAUUGCUUCAAAGCCAACCCUGACCAUGACUAUUGCAGAGUACUAGUAUUGCUUGUUCCUUUGUUGCCACUGACCAGUAUCUCUGAUCCCAGUGGGUCAGCAGUCAGCUACACCAGGAUGAUUCCAAGAGGGGGUGGCCUGGUGGUCCCCCUACAGCAAAAGCCAGGUCCCUUAUUAGGGGUUGAAAACCAGUGGACUGCCAGACUUAGCCUUGCCUUAGCAUUAGCCCUCACAUUUGGAUAUGUGUACAAAUGUAUAUCUGUAUGUCGGUACACCUGUAUACUGGUUCAUCUGAUCAUCUGUACAUCUAAAUACCUGUAUGUCUAUACGUACAACUGUACGUCUGUGUCGUAUAUACGUCUGUAUAUCUGUACACUUGUACAUCUGUAUAUUUGUACACCUGUACGUCUGUACCGUAUAUCUGUACAUCUGUAUAUCUUUACCUCUGUAAAUCGGUAUACUUGUAAACCUGUAUAUCUGUAUA